GGGAGAGUGGAAGCUUACUGGUGCUGUACGAAUUCGUACUAUACGUACUACGUACCACGCACCACCUUCCAAGGUUGUCUUAUUAAAACAUUGUCCAUCCAAUCUUUACUACUUGCUCCCUCUUCCACUCCUCAACACCACAUACCACCCCAGCUCAACACGACGCCAGCACAUUUGCCCACCACCUCUUCCGCCGGAAUCUCCCCACCUGAGAUUCAACACCUGCUUCUGUUUCGAGCCAAACCCGUACGGUACUCGCACAUCAUCGAGCGAUCUGGUUUCAUCGGCACAUCAACUCGCCCACGAGGCGUAACUGCCUCCCCCCACAUCCCCUCCGGGGCCCGCAACCACCCGGCCCAACUACCUCAAUAGGUACCCUUCUAAGAGGCGUCAGAUCCGUCUGGCAAUGUCGGGAAAGCAUCCGUUCCAGAGAGUGGCCAAAGUAGAAGACGCCGACGAAUCCGGAAACAUCAUCGAGGGCACUGGUAGAUACGCCGAGUCCAUCGCCAGCCCCACGAGAGAGAGACCGAAUACCAGUCGGGCACGGAAAGAAAAGCUUGGACGAGAUUCCCCGUCUCCUAUACCCAGUGGGCUCACCGAUUCCGAUUCGACCAUACACCCCAUCAGCCCUCUCAGACGAGAGUCAAAGACAAAGCCGUCGAGGGAGACGCGAGAGAGAAAGGAAGCCGCCGCCAGCCGGAGCAGGAAAAGCUCAAGCAACCAACAGGCCGUCAUCGCCAUGAGGCCUGCACCGCCUAACCACGCAGCCACAGCCCCGAACUUCGCAUAUGGCAGAAGAUCCGACGAGGCUUCCUAUUAUGGAGUACCCACCACCGUCACCGCGGCUAGCUCGCGACCACGGGCACAAGCAUCCCGCCAAAGACCAGCAAGUUAUUACGGGUCGCCGUCUCGACCGCCCCAAUCCAAUGCCCGAUUCUACCAACCACCCCCGACAGCGCCUCUGCCUACGUCCUAUCCUCCACCGUCAUGGGCUGCUCCGGGACCGGUCUUGUAUCCUGGCGCACCCCCUGUCGGUUCCCAUCCGUCAUCCGACUAUUUCACACCUCGCCCGCAGAAUCUAAUGGCGCGAUUCGACCGGCCCCAAUCAGCAAUGGGCCACCGACCACCUCCACGUGCAAUCGAGUAUGGUUACGAAGAGAACGACAGGCCGUUGACGAAGAGAUCAUCCGUGUCGAGGAAGGUGAGAAUGGAGGAGGACAGAAGGACAAUGCCUCCGCCGCAGCGCCCGGCUUCAGCUCGUCCUACAGUCGGAUUCCGUCCACCCCCAACUGCGACGGCAAGGAGGAAUGUCGCGUUCGAUGACGACGACCUUGCCGGCGGCGAUCCCACCAUGUUUCGCGCCAUGUCUCCGCCAUCCCAGUACCAGUACCCACCGCAGACUGUAGUGCCGCGGACAAGACGGCCCAGUGUCGGCGCGACUUCGAUUUCCUACGAUUCGGGCGCAUUUCGGACCGAAGUCGCUACGACCAGGAAUAGCCGGCGGCAUUCCUACCUCGGUGGCCACUCAGUGUCGUCUGGUAGCGCAUACGAGGAUAAGAUGCGUCAGGCUGCAGCAUACCAGGACGACAUCGGCGGGGGGCCCACAAUGCCCUUGACCGCCGAGUCUCUGCGGAAGGCCAGUAAGAAUGGAGGAAGCAGCAGGUCGACUCGGAGCUCGGGUAGCCGUGAUGAAAGUGAAUAUCGGCGAUCGGCAACGACGAGGACGACGCGGUCGAGUGGCAAUGGCAAUGGCAACGACGAGGAUGUCACGAUCCGCGUAAAGGGUCAGGCCCUACUCAAGGUCGGAGGCGCCGAGAUGCAGUGCCAGGACGGUGCCGAGAUCAACAUCACGAGAGGCGGCCCCGGACCUUACCAGGGCGGUAGCGACCAAUCCAGCUACAUCGAGGCCGAGGACCGUCGCACCCGCAUGGAGCGACCUGCGACACGGACUCGUGCGAGCUCGCAGGCAGGAUCGUACUCGCGCACGCUGCAACCGCGGUACGACAUGCCGCUGUCUCGGUACGACACCUACCAGUAUCCGCCAGUCAUUCCACCAUACCCACCAUACCCCACGAGACAUGACGAGGAGUACUUCUGAUCGCAGCCGGCUACGAAGCUACGAAUGACGACCAUUGCGUGGCCCCCUGCUGAUGAUGAUGACGACUUUUGAUGACACGGACAAAGAUCGCCUUCAUG